UUCGGACUGAGGCUUCCAGUGGCGUGUAAUUCAGACCGGCAGUUCCUGAACGCCCGCGGCACAAUGAUCAAACUCUUCCGCUUCAGUGGAGUCCUGAGGCAGCUUCUUGCCGUUCUGGCCGGCGACCUGGCGAUGCUGGCGGGCGGCAUCGUAAUGGCGUGGUCGUCGCCGGCGCUGCCCAAGAUGAACCUGACCCCUUCGCAGGGGUCGUGGGCGGGGUCGCUGCCGUCGCUGGGCGCCGCCGUGGGGCCCUGGCUGGGCGGCUGGCUGUCCGACAAGCUGGGCCGCAAGGCCACCGUCAUGCUGGGCACCGCGCCCAUCUUGCUCAGCUGGGUGGCGCUCAUCUUCUGCGAGUACGAGCCCGUCUGGCUGUGCGUCGCGCGCUUCGUGUCCGGCCUCGGCGUCGGACUCGUCUACGGCGGCAUGCCGACCUACGCGGGGGAGAUCUCACAGGUACACGUCGCUCCUCUCCCGUUCUCGUGCUUGCACUCGGCUGUAUCCGAGGUCUUCUAG